UUCAGGCCACGCGCGGUACGCAGGUGCGUCUUGCGUCUGGCGGCGCCGCUUUCAAAUUGUUUGUUGGCUCGACGAAGUUGACGGCGUCCAAGUCAGUUUAGACGGCUUUCCUUGUGUUCAGACGCGCACAGUAAUGUUCAUACAGAGCUACAAUGGAGGAGGAGGGACUGAUCAGCUUCCAAGCUCUGAGGGCCAAGUUUCAGGAAGAAGCCCUCCUGGCUCAUUCCAAAACCAGUAGACCAGCUGUGGCAGAGAAGCCCAAACACCUUCCUCCUCCUGGGGGUCACUGCAGCUCCGUGGUUAGCAGUAUUAAUAUUGCUGUAGAAAACAAGACACCAGUGGUUCCCCGGGUCAUCUUCAGAGAUGGGCUGCGUUCAUCUGGCGACAAGCAACCGAUUUUCCUUCCACCACAGCCUGAGCAGACCUCCCCCACAUCCCCGCUUCCUAAUGGAGACAGCACAACUAGGCAGUCCCUCAAAGACCGACACAUGCCUCUGGUGCUUCCUAUCCUGCCUGUUAAAGAGCAGAAGACAGAACCACCAGCCAGGAAGGAGCAUAAACUGGAACCAGAGCCACGGAAAGAAGUCCUGCCACAAACUAAGAUCAAGAAAAAAGGUUUGCUGCUUCCUUUCAAGUCGGCCAAAGCAUCAAAAGUCAGCUCAGAAAACAGAGAGGAGCCUACAUAUGCUGAUUUGACCACCAGACCUUCCAGUGCUCCCGGUGAGUUACCCCCGGUGGAAAAACAAACCACAGAAGAUGGGAUUUAUCUCCAGAGUGUCCAGUCAACCACAGAUUUCCUCCACUCAAGCCCAGAUAUCUCAAACACUCCUCCUUCUGCAGACUCAAGCGUUGACUCGGACAACAAAAUCAUUAGCACCUUGGAACGUGCCAAGAAAAAGUUCUCACGCAGGCAGAUGUUGAUCUCUGCCAAACCUAAGAGCUUGCGUUCCCCUGACUACAUCUCAAGAGACAAGGUGUUCCCUUCACCGCCAAAGAACAAUGAAAGUUUUGAAUCAGAGCUACCUGUACCCCCACCAGUGUGUCUCCCACACCUGGCUUGUAUUUCAGCUCGGCCUUUCUUCAAAGCCAACACUGCAAGCAGGCCUGUGUUGGAUAAGCAUAUUGGCAGGGAUAAGGCUGAACCUCCCUCUGUCAAGACCGGGGAACCUCAUCCACCCCCUGUUCCUCCAAAGAAACCUCUACCUGACCUGACCUCACUGGGGACAUCGUCACUGAAGCCUACUAGACCCCCUUUUGUAGAUCUCAGCUGUUACUAUCUACCCUCAGCUUUCGAGGUGUCUCCAGGUCUUAGCCAGGCACCAAGUGAAGAGCCAGAGUCCGAGCCUCGAUCAUCUGUACUCGACGCCCCAGAGUUUCCCGAAUUUGAGAUCUCAGAGAUGGAAACAGCAGAGGGUGACGCUGUUGACAUUGGUGCACUAGAACUGGAGGCCUUACACAUAGUCAGCACUGACCUUCCUGUACCAGAUGACUGUGGGGUCUCCGAUUUUGAGCAUUCACUACCUGACCUGUCAGGGUGUGACCCUGUAGAGCCCCAUAUGAGCUCUGGGAUCCAAGAUGUGGACCUUGGCAGUGACAACAUAAUACCCCUUGAUCUAGCCAGCUUCCCUGCACCAAUAAACCUUUCAGAGUUCCCAGGGCCUGCUGUGCCAGAGCUGUGGUCUCAGAGUGAGGAGGCGAGCCUAGAUCCUCAGUCCAACUCUCAAGCUGAUGAGACUAAUCUGGAAAUUGCUGAGCUUCAGUCUGCUUCACAUGACACAGACAAUAGUUACCCUGUAGCAGUGGAUGAUGGGAUUCAACCACAUCCAAGUGUGUGUCAACAGGACAGUUACUAUGAAGCUUGCGAUAAUGUGUAUGAGGAUGUCGAGAACAUCCACAAAUUCACCUUGGGCCAGAACUCGCGUAAACGUAAAGGUGGUCUGAAGAAUCCCUAUGCUGACAACCACCACAUGAGGGAGGAAGCAUGUCUAAACAUAUGGCCGCGGAAUCCUUGGGGCAGUGUAUUAGGAGAACAUACUCAUUCAGCCCGCACUCAUGUCCUCUAUAAAGGAAGCCAAAGUCCCAGCAGUGCAGAUCAUAAAGAACGGAAGAAGAGGGAGAAGCAUCGACUGGAGAAGGAGAAAAAGGAACAAAAAGAAAGGGAGAAGAAGGAAAAUGAAAUGAAGAAGAAGUUCAAAGUGACGGGCGAAGAGGAGCCCAUGUACCAUGCCAAGGUGAUGGUGGCUAACAAGGUUCGUAAGAAUGACCUUCCUGUAAAGAGCGGGGACACAGUUGGCAUCAUUCGCACCACCUGCUGCCCCAAAGGCAAAUGGUUGGCCCGAGACACCAACCACAAGUACGGUUAUAUUUCAGUCAUGAAUGUGGAGCUAAACAUCAAGGAGAUGCUGGAACUUGGCAAGAAGGCCCAAGCAGCUGGACGAGGUGGCAACAUGGAAGCAGAUACCAUCAGCAUUGGGAGCAGAUCCUCGAGCCACCCCGUACUAACAAGCAGCUUCACAGAUGACAGUGAGGAGUGGGCCUGUGAAGAUGAGACCCUCUCUCCCUCCAAUGAAAGCCAUAGCUUCCCCCUGCAGACUGUCUCACUGCCUGAGAUGCCAUGUGGCCAUGAAGCCGCCCAGCACACCCUGAGCGAUGCCAACCUGGAGGACCUACACACACAGACCAGACAUGAGGCCCUGCAGAAACUAGCCAUCUUCUUCCAACACAACAAAGAUGAAUUCGGUGACUUCCCUGAUAGUGGAGAAGCUACCCCCACAACUGCUGAGACACCAAACUUCUUGCAUGCUGUUGAGGAGCCUCCAUAUCCUGAACAGGAGGUUGACUUCACAGAGCUGGAGCUCCUUCCUCCCCCACCACUAUAUGCUGACAUUUUCUAAUCUCAAUGUCGGGUAAAAUCAGGGAAUGCUGGUAUGAAAAACUAUACAGCUCAGUUUUAGGAUUUGAUACGAUGAGUAAUAUCUGACAUGGAGACUAUAUUAUAUGUUUAAAAAUAUAGUUUGACCCUCUACAGUUGAAAAGAAACAAUCAUGAAGCUGCUGAUGUGACUGUACUGUUAUUCUGAUUGCACCUUUUUUGUUGAGUUUGUUGUACAUAUUUGUACAUUUUCACAUUGUUUCACAUUUUAGUUUUUCCUUGUCUAUGAUGUUACUGUUGAUGUAGCACUAAAUGAAUCAUUGCACUUAAUCCAAAAUAAAUUACAAUAACAAAGUUAUAACACAGUUGUUGUAGUAGCUGACAUUCAAGACAUUUGUUUGAAGGGGUUCUUUGCAUUUUCUUUUGUUUCCAUGUUACAUCUAAUAAAUAGUUGCCAUUUA